GAGCGACGAGCGGUUUUGCAAGAUUGUGCAUGAAUCCCGAUGGACUCUGCAGACGUGGCUUUGCACCCCGGCAAUGAGGAGGAAAAGGCGCCGUCUCUUUCCGCAGCAUGUUCCGCGUUAGCAAGCGCAGAAUCCCCAGACCUGUCACCAGGAACCUGGAGGAUCUGGACUCCGUUCAGAGCAUCUUGCUGCACAGUGACCUUGAACCUGAAUGGUUAGAUAGUGUACAGAAAAAUGGAGAAUUAUUCUAUCUAGAGCUGAGUGAAGAUGAGGAAGAGACUCUCCUUCGGGACACCUCUCCGGAUAUGCCUGUGGUGAACCGUGUCAGGUUUUGUGAAAAUGAAGCUGAGGUCAUUCGUGAGCGAUCUCAAAAAGAUAGAAAGAGUGAACACAGGCUGGAAAAGUUCACUAAAAUAUUAAAAUAUAAAAGGUUUUUAUCAAAACAUUCUAAUAAGAAGAUGUCAAGUGACAAAUGCGAUGUUCAUGCCUCUGGCCCAGCAUCCAUACUGAAACACCAUUCUGGUCAGAGGAUGGACGAUGUGGCCCAGCAAUGGUACAAAGAUGUCUGCCUUUAUGUCAAUCCGAAGAGGCUAUCAAAUGCUGAGAGAGGGGAGCAGCUCAAGCUUCUGGAAUCAUUAAUAGGGAUUAUCCAUCAAUCUCCAUGGAGAAAAACAGAAAAACAUAAUCACAGUGUUGAAUCUGGAAGUGCCAGCGAAGAGAAACUCGUAGUACAUGGUUUGAUACCAGGCAGCUCAGCAAUAAAGUCUGGUCACAUCUUGAUUGGAGAUGUUCUUGUCGCAGUAAAUGAUGUUGAUGUAAACUCUGAAAAUAUAGAAAGGGUUUUGUCUUGCAUUCCUGGUCCUAUGCAGGUGAAGCUUACGUUUGAAACAACAUUCUUUGAGUCAAAAUAUGCAUCCCAACAAAGAUGUAAGCAGACACAAUCCUCCAUGAAUAACCUGCUCAAAGUGUUGUGGAGAGACCAUUACGAUGACCCACAGUUCUCUAUCCAAAGUAUACCACAUAUUAUUAUGUACCUCUCACUCAAACUGGAUUCUGAUACAUCUAAGGAUGAGCAAGAAAUUCUCUACCAAUAUCCCAUAUCAGAAGCUUCCCAAAAAAUGAAAAGUGUAAGAGGAAUAUUUCUUACGCUGUGUGACAUACUGGAAAACAUGACAGGAACACAUAUAAUCAGUUCAUCAAUGUUUUUAUGUGGAAAACUGAUCCAUGUUGCUUACUGGAAGGAAUCGGAUAAUCUCCUUGUAAUUGGCCUUCCAGCUGAAAGUGUCCCUCUCUCUCAGCUAAGGAACAUGAUUGCAGAUGUUGUCCGGACUUUGAAAUUUAUGUAUGGCUCUCUGGACAGUGCUUUUUGUCACGUAGGAAAUGUUUCUCGGUUGGAUCACUUUUUCAACCUGUUCUUCCAGCAAGCCCUUCACCCUGCCAGACUCAGCUCAUGUAGCAGUCCUAGUUCUCAACACUAUGAUAACUGCAGUGCAUUGCUUUUAUACAACUUUCCAGGAGUGCGGUGGUUGUGCCUUCCACAAGAAAUUAAGGUAGAAAUUGAUACAGCUCUGAGUGAGUUGGAGGCGGCAGACUUUGCAGAACUAUCGGAAGAUUACUAUGACAUGAGACGACAGUAUACAAUUUUGGGCUCAUGUCUCUUCUACAAGGGAUAUUUAAUUAGUAAUCACUUGCCAAAAGAGGAUUUAAUUGAUAUUGCAUUAUAUAGCAGGCAUUACUGCCUCUUGCCCUUGGCAGCAGAACAGCGCAUUGGUCAGUUAGUAAUAUGGCGAGAAGUGUUUCCACAACAUCAUCUUCGGGCAUGUGAAGCAUCUUCUGAAGGGUAUGAAGAACCCAGAGCAAGAUACUUUUUACUCAUAGUUGGUCUGAGGCACUUUAUGUUGAGUGUUUUGUUGGAAGCAGGAGGUUGUGCUUCCAAGGCCAUUGGAAAUCCGGGGCCAGAUUGCAUAUAUGUGGAUCAGGUCAAAGCAACUAUCCUUCAGUUGGAUGGAAUAGAUCUCAGCAUAGAUGAGAGUUUGGAAUCACCCUCCACUCCACUGCUAUCCUGUGUAGACUGGUUCCUCCCUGCAUCGCGGGACAAACUGGAAAGCUUGACCAGCUUGUCUUUUCUCAACAAACUGCAGUACACAGCAGGCACUCCCGCAAGUAAAAAAGUGCCAUUUAGUGAUUCUUCCUUAAGGACACGUAAGCCUAGUCCCUUAAGAAAUAGUGGGAUGCCUGACAAUGAUAGCAACAGCCCUGAAGCAGGAAGUGGGAACCUUAAUACAAAUCCUGUGCAACUGAAAGGUCCUGGACGACUUGAUGGAAGUAAUAGUCUGUUUACGAUUGCCAAAAAGAAAAAUAUUCUUCCAAAUCCUUUUAAUUUAGGAACCCUCAAAAAGAACCUUACAGAUAAGGAAGCUGAACUGUAUAAUGUUAUGAAGUUGACAUCUGGUCCUGAAAACACUCUCUUCCACUAUAUUUCUCUAGAAACAAUGCAUGGAAUUUUUAUCACUCCAACACAUGCUGAAGUCGCACAGCUGAGUGGAACUAUCCAUCCCCAGCUCAUCAAGAAUUUCCAUCGUUGUUGCCUUUCCAUCCGUUCCAUUUUUCAACAAACUAUAACAAAUGAAACUAAAAAGACUGCAGGUAAUAGACGUUCAGGCUGCAAAAAAGCAAACUCUGGCCUACAUCAAGUGAAAGAACACGGGGUGUUGUUUGAAUGUUCUCCUGACAACUGGACGGACCAAAAGAAACCUCCACCAACUAUAAUGUACUGGGUUGUGGGGAGACUCUUCAUAGAUCCCAUGCCUCGAGAGUUUUAUGUCUGUUUUCAUGACUCAGUUACAGAGGUUGCUGUUGAACUGGCUUUUAAGCUAUCUUUUGGCUUAGCUCUGUAAAUUUGUUUAGCCAUAUGACCAUCAUAAACACUUAAGGCACACAAAUAAGAAUUAAAUUAUGGUUUUGUCCUGGACGCUCUUUGAAGUGUUCCUCUAGAAUUAUCUCCUUGAUGAAUAACUUUUCAAAUGUUUAUAAUAAUACAUGGAUGUCAUCAACAGUAUUCUGAGUAGACUGACUUUUCAAAUUACUUACUUUAAAAAAAAUCUAAGCAAGUUUUCAUUUUCUCUUGACUGCCUUGCAACAAAUUUUGCACAUAAGUGCUGUGAUCAAGAAGGGUUUGUACACGUGAACCAUAUGUAGAUCUGUAUUCUCAGAGCUGAGUUUCUUUCUUGCAAGGUUUAAAAGCUCAAAACAUCUGUUACACUUUCCUCAGGUUAAAAAUGCAGUUGGGCAGGGGCAGCGAUCUGUGGGGCACUUUGUGAAAAUGAGCAGCCGUAAAGAAAUCAGUGUCACACACACACUUCUGGACUUCAACUAAGGGAGUGUAAUGUUUAAUAUAUUACAUAGGGUACAUAA